CCCUCCUUGGCUGCCUAAGUAAGGCAGAGGAGCUAGAUCCAACUGGUAAAGCAUCAAACUCUCAGCCCCUUCUGGCAAACCAAACCAAACCAAAUGUAUAACCAAACACAACCGUAUUCCACCGCCACCUCUGCUAACACCGCCACCGCCAGGCUACUCUCCACGCCGUUCAUCUUCGCGGCUACAUUUUUUGUCUCCCUCCUUCUCAUCGUCUCCCUGCUUACUCUCCCGUCCAGGCCGCCGCUCAACCCCUCUGACCCACAGCUCUUCCCUGACCACCAUCCAACCCGCCACCGCGUUCUCAUUCCCGGAGACCAAUCUUCCCCUGCUCCUAGCCCCCCGUCCAUCGCCUACUACAUUUCCGGAUCCGCCGGCGACUCUGGUCGCCUCCUCCGCCUCCUCUAUGCCGUCUACCACCCCCGCAAUCACUAUCUCCUGCACCUCGACCGCUCCGCUCCCCAGGCCGACCGUGACUACUUGGCCGUUUCUAUCAACGCGGUGCCACUCUUCAGGACUGUCCGUAAUGUUUAUGUCAUGGGCAACGCCGAUAUGGUGUACUCUAAAGGCUCCUCCUCCAUAUCUUCAAUGCUCCAUGGUGCAUCGAUUCUUCUCCGCCUUUUGAAAAGCUGGGAUUGGUUCAUCAAUCUCUCUAGUUCUGAUUACCCACUCGUUACUCAGGAUGAUCUUCUUCACAUUUUGUCAUACCUACCCAAAGAUCUCAAUUUCAUCAAUCACACAAGCUAUAUUGGAUGGAGAGAAUCACAGAAGUUGAAACCAAUAAUAGUUGAUCCCGGUCUUUACCUUGUGGAGGAGAGUGAGAUAUUUUAUGCCACUCAGCAGAGGCCACUGCCAGAUGCUUUUCGGGUUUUUAGUGGAUCAUUGUCAUCCAUCUUGACCAGAAAGUUCAUUGAUCACUGCAUCUUAGGCACAGAAAACUUUCCAAGAACACUUUUAAUGUACUUGUCGAAUACACUAUCUUCACAUUCCGUCUACUUUCCCACCAUAUUGUGCAAUUCAAGGCUAUUCAAUAGAACCAUCAUCAAUCACAACCUGCAGUAUGUUUCACUAAAUUCCAGAAAGGAGGCCCGCCUGCUCAACUCCAGUGACUUCAUAAGCAUGAUAAGAAGUGGUGCAGCAUUUGCCUCACCAUUUCAGGCAAAUGAUCCAAUUCUUGACCAGAUUGAUGCUCAAGUUCUCCAUCGUAGUCCUGCAAAACCAGUUCCAGGCGGGUGGUGUUUGGGAAACAGUGAAGCCGACAAGUGUGCUGUUUGGGGAGAUGCUGAUAUUCUAAGACCAGGCAUUGGAGCAAAACGGCUUGAAGAGCAUUUCAUCAGUCUUCUUACUGAAGGAAAGUUUCAGUCUCAACAAUGCAUAGCAGAGUAACUAACACUUAAAAAUGAAAAGCUUGGGAGAUGGGGGAGGAUGUAAAAGAGUGGGAGGAAGAUCUGAAAUGAAUUGUCCACCAAUAAGACUUAUCCCCCCCCCCAUUUUCUGUUUAUAUUUUUUUAUGAACCUGAAUAUGAGCAAAAGAUACACUGUUGUUGCAUACACAGGCUGGUCCAAAUGGUGGGGUUUGCUUUUCUGUUUCCUGCCAUUGCGUUUACUGGUCCUCUGGUGUGUGUACACAUACACAAAACUCAAAAGGCAUCUCCUUUUACCUCACCCCAUAUGAGCUGUGUGGAUCACAUAUUUUUUUAUGUAUAUCGGGAAGAGGUCUGUAUGUACUGUGACGUAUCCAAUAGAUUGAAUAGAAUUACUUCAGAGAAUGAUCUCUAUGUGUGUCCAUGUGUGCAAUUGUAUAGAUGUAUGCACUUUUUUCACUUCAUUUUUUGAUGUGUCCAUCUCUUAAUUAAUACAGCAAUAUGCCAUUUUAAUGCAGAAAUGAAAUUGUAUUAUUUAACAUGAAGCAAUUGUAAUUUGUAGCAGAUUAAAGCAAAACAAGGUCAAGUGCAAAAUAAC